GCGGCAGGAAAAGCGCACAGAGUGGGGGAAAGGAGGAGAUGAAAACAGUUAGGAAGGGGGAAAAGAAGAGCACGAACUGAAAACGGAUCUUUUUUUUUUUUUUUUUUUUUUUUUUAAUUUAACAUAACCGUGGGCAGGAUCCCGUAGCUUUGCUCCUGAACCACACAGAUUAUCCGUCAUGUCGUGAAAUCCCAGGAUACAAAUGUCCGGGGUAAUUCUUCAGGAAUCCUGCCACUAAACUGCGCCGCGCUGUCACGAUUUACGGAGGUAAAAACUGAAUAUGAGUCUCAGUUAACCGAGGAGGGGGCCCUCAUCAAGCUCAUACCUAAAUCACGCCCCUGAUUUCUUUUUUUAUUCUUUAAUUAGCCGGAGGGGAUUUUUUUUUUCUUUUUACUGCAUUGAAUUCCUCUGGACGAGAUGUCAUCCGCAUUCAGGAGGAGCUCCUCCGGCUGACCGAGCCUCCAGCAGCAGAGGGACGCCGACGCACAGACGGACGAUGGGAGAUGCGGCAGAGGACAGAGGGAUGAGACGCACAUUCAUCGUCCCUGCCAUCAAGAGCUUCGACCACUACGACUUCACCAGGGCCAAGAUUUCCUGCAGCCUGACGUGGCUGGUGGCCAAGGCUUUCGGCUCGGAUGCCGUUCCAGAGGAGCUGGCCGAGCCCUUCUACAGGGACCAGUACAACCAGGAACACCUGAAGCCUCCCGUCGCCUGCCUGCUUCAGUCCGCUGAGCUGUACUGCCGAGCAGGAAGCCUGAUCCUCCGCAGCGAUGCUGUCAAACCUCUACUGGGACACAACGCCGUCAUUCAGGCCCUGGCCCAGAAGGGGCUGUAUGUCACAGACCAGGACAGACUGGUCACCGAGAGAGACCUGACCAGCAUGCCUAUACACAUGAGCUCCCAUCUGGCGCUCAUCGAUACCUUAAUGAUGGCCUACACCGUGGAGAUGGUGAGCGUGGAGAGGGUGAUGUCCUGCAUCAACAAGUAUUCGUCUGCUGAACCGCUACACAGCGACGGUCUCGUCCAGGGGCUGCCGUACGAGACCGAGGAUGCAAUCGCCACCUGGAUCAACAAGGUGAACGAGCAGCUGAGGGACAUCCUCAUCGAGGAACAGAAGUUAAGAGAAGCCUCCCUCCAAGACUCAAACGUCACAACACAUAAGGCCCGGUACAAGAGGGAGCAUGCCCAGAAGAAUGUCCCGUCGCUCCCCCUGGUGGAGAACUUGCUGAAGGACAACGCAGGUGGCUGCGCCCUCGCUGCCCUGCUGCACUUCUACUGCCCACAGGCCGUCCGGCUGGAAGACAUUUGCCUCAAGGAGACCAUGUCUCUGGCUGACAGUCUGUACAACCUCCAGCUGGUGCAGGAGUUUUGCAGGAACAACCUCAAUCACUGCUGCCACUUCAGCCUGGAGGACAUGCUCUACACUCAUGCAUCCAUAAAGAGUAACUACCUGGUGUUCAUGGCUGAGCUUUUCUGGUGGUUCGAGGUCGUGAAACCCUCAUUUGUUCAGCCCAGAGUCUUCGACCCCAACGCCUGUGAGCCUGUAUCGUCCUGCAGAGAUAUGGCUCCUGUGUCCAGUCCUGUCAAACAGAACUAUGCCGACAGACCUACCAGUCCAGAAAACCUCACAGCUGAAGGCCUAAUGAAGCGAUCUACCUCCAUGUCCUAUGUUGACGGUUGUGUCGGGACGUGGCCCAAAGAAAAACAAUCCUCUUCUCGGGGAAUCUCCUUUGAGAUCCCUCUGGAUGGAGAUGCAACGUUGCCCCUCUUUGAGGUUCCUUCUGCCUGCGGCAUGACCCGCUCAGCCAGUACUGAUGGUCUGGGGUUCAAAGUUCAUUAUACAUCAAGAGGAGGCAUGAAACACCACCUCUCCCUCACGCCAGUCGACGUGAACGGUCAGGGCAGACAGAUCCCAGAGGAGGACGACAACUUUGCUUCCCACAAACCUUUGGGACGGAACAACACUUUCUCUAUUAAGAGCCAAAGCAGGUACCCCAAUGGAGUCUUACCAGACAACAGCAGCCCCACUAAGUACCAAGGGAACCACUCCCCCCGCGUCAGUCCAUCCACUCCUCCGAGCAUCGAGGAGGCCCUCAAGAUCAUCCACGACACUGAACGGCCUCAUGCCAGCCUCGCUGUUGGAGAUGGAGACAAUGGCUUUUUUCUGCAUGGUGCAGAGUCGUCAGACCCUCCAGGGGCUCAAGCUCCCGGAGAUGACUUUGGUUCAGCGAAGGCUCGGGUGAAUGACCGAGACCUCAACUCUGCCUCCACAGAUGAAGUCGACACAGGCAUCCAUGUGCGGACAGAGGACAUCCAGAGUUUGGAUGAGGACUCCUCGUCUCUGAGAGACUACUCGGAUAUAGAUCCAGACUGUGAGGCCAUGACGAGGUCGUGUCCUCUGCCUGGCAAGCAGGAGAGAAGCAGGGAAGGGGAACACAAGGAGGAAGUGGAAGCUAACCCUGAGGGAGAACAGGGACACGGAGGUGACAGAGGCAGCCCCUGUCCCAGUUCUGUGCCCACCCUUCCCAGGUCUUAUACAGGCAGUCCCGCCUCUUCAUCGGGUGGGUCAGGUGGGGGUCUGGUGCGGAUGACCAGCUUUGCAGAGCAGAAGUUCAGGAAGUUGGAGGGAAGGAGCAGCGGAGGAACCACCACUCCAGACAGCUCUGAUCUUAAUGUCCCCUACACACACUCAGCCAGAACCACUUCCUCUCAGUUCUCUACGCCUCCCCUGCCAAUCACGUCGCCUUCUCCGGCUACCCCGUCACCUCGAGACCCCUCCCACUUCAUAGCCUCAGAAAUGAUUCAGCUGAGAAUGAAACUUGAAGAAAAACGCAGAGCCAUUGAAGCCCAAAAGAAAAAGGUAGAGGCAGCCUUCACCAGGCACCGUCAAAAAAUGGGAAGAACAGCCUUCCUGAAUGUAGUAAAAAGGAAAGGAGUGACAGCCCCUCUGAGCCAGAACUCCGGAGGGGCAGAAACACCUUCACCUGAGCCUAUCUCCUCCUCAAAGGAGGACAGCGUGGAGCGGGUGGAGAGAUGCAAACCUGAUGGAGCAGCUCCCAAAUCUCCAUGCGAAGACGGUGGGGGCAUGACUGCUGGAGAGGUCGACCUUGCAGAGUACACACGGUCCAUUGAAAGGCUGAACACAUCGCUGGGCUUCCUGCAGACUGAGAUGCAGCGACUGGCCCAGCAGCAGGAGAAGAUCAUGGCCAUGAGAGACCAGCAGCAACAAGCCUGGGUGAUCCCGCCUCCUGCUCCGUCUCCACACAGGCAGCUCCGCGAGUUGCGCAGCAGCAGCGUGACAGGCAGAGGAUCGGGCCGGGGGUCGGUGGGAUCCUUGUCCCCGAUCCUGUCCUCUUCUGGGUCGCCACGCGCCCCCAACCGUUCACCUGCGGGCAUCAAACGACGACCGGCCUCGUUUCAUGCCAGAACGCCUCGGACUCCCCGUCCAAACGACCUGAAGGUCACCCCCAUCAGUCGGAUGCUCAACCCUCCCACCUCAGUAGACAGCCUGCCCAGACUGAGACGCUUCAAUUCCAGCCAAACCCACCAGAGCUCGUUUGCCUACCUGAGUCACGACGAGGGCGUCAGGGGAAGACAAAACCAAGAGCUCAAGGGCGAAAAAGAUGACUCUAAGAAAAAAGAGGAAAUGGUAGUAAAGAGCAGUGAUGAGGAAAAAUGCAAGGAAAAGACGAGUGAGCGCCUGAAGGAGAGGACAGAAUCUAAAGAGGAGUCGACGACAUCAGAGGUUUUGUGCCAGCCGGUUUCAGAGAUCAAAGGUGGGGUUGUUAGCCAGAGUCAAGAUGACAAACAGGAAAGGAAGGACCUAGUGAAGGUGCCGCUGUCCUGGGUAAAGCCUCCUGGUGGCCGGGGUCCGGAGAACACAAAGGAGGGAGAGAAAGGAGGAGAAAGUUAUGGAGACGACCAAAAGAUGUGCUGCGGAUUCUUCUUCAAGGAUGAUGUGAAGGGAGAAGAGGACAUGGCGGCAAAGAAAGCAGCUCUGUUGGAAAAGAGACUUCGGAGGGAGAAGGAAGCUCAAGAGAAGAGGCAACAGCAAGAGCUGGACCAGGAGCAGAAGAAAGAAGCUGCACGGCUAAAAGCGGAGGAGGAGCAACAGAAGAAGGACGAAGAGAAGGCGAGGAGGGAAUACAUCAAGAACGAAUAUCUGCGAAGGAAGCAGCUCAAACUGAUGGAGGACAUGGAUGAGGUCAUCAAGCCUCGAAGUGGAAGUCUGAAGAAAAAGCAGCGGCCCAAGUCCAUCCACAGGGACAUCAUGGAGUCAUCUACUCCUCCUGUGAGAACGACAGGUGUGCGUCCUCGGGGCUUCUCUGUCUCAAGUGUCUCUUUGGCGUCCCUCAAUCUGACUGACAACAACAGGGACCAGCCAGAUAACAGGAAGAACAACAGGCCAGACUCUGCGGAGGGUUUUUCUUCUUGUCCUUCGGCCGGCAGUCGGAACGGAGAGAAAGACUGGGAAAACGACUCGACCACUUCCUCCACUCCGUCCAACACAGAGUACACAGGACCCAAACUGUACAAGGAGCCUAGUGCCAAGUCCAACAAGCACAUCAUCCAGAAUGCCCUGGCUCACUGCUGCCUCGCUGGCAAAGUCAAUGAAGGGCAGAAAAACAAGAUACUUGACUGUAAGCUCGGUUUCUGUGAAAUGGAGAAAUCAGAAGCCAAUAACUUCCUAGUGUUGUUCCGUGACUCCGGCUGCCAGUUCAGGUCCGUCUACACGUAUUACCCCGAAACAGAGGAGAUCGCCAAACUGGCCGGCAUUGGCCCAAAAUCCAUUACUCCCAAGAUGAUCGAGACUUUGUACAAGUACAACUCGGACAAGAAGCAGUUCAGCAAGAUCCCGGCUAAAACCAUGUCCGCCAGCGUGGACGCCAUCGCCAUUGCCAACCACCUGUGGCAAACCAAGAAGCAGGGGACACCCAAAAAGCACCCAAAGUAGAGCCAGCUGAAGGUGGUGCAUCUGGACAAGCUCUGUUGAAAUGAACAGAAGAAAAUGUGGAUUUUUUUUCUAUGUAUAUUUGAGGGACACUAGUUACCAUUCCUGAAAAUCUCAACUGGAAUGUUGAAAUACAUUAUCACGCAGAAAACUAGUAUAGAGCUGGCUAUGACACUAUUUCAGUGUGGCACAAGUGUGUUCUUGUCAGCAUGUGUAUCAAUGUUCUCAUGUGCCAAUAAAAAAGAAAGAAAAGAUGAUACCAGGUGAGCCGAUGCCUUACCAAGCUGAACCACUGAAGCACUGAAUGUCACGCCUCUCAGAAGGCACUUUGGGUUCUCUUCGUUGAUCAUGUGUAGCCUUAUGCUUGUUCUGUGUCACAUGGACGCAAAGUGGGUGUUGGUGUCAUUUUGUCUGCGCCUGCCGAAAACAUCUGUUUGUUGUCUGUACACACAAGGUCCAAGAUCAGAUUAGGUCCCCUUUGCAGGUUAGCUGCCUGUCUGUGAUCAGAUGUAACUUCAGCUGCUUAACAGGCAUGGUUUUUGGGGGAUUUUUUGUCAUUUUUUUCCUUUGUACAUGUGAUUGACAACUCUAUAAACAGGUUUUACGUCUGUAUAUGUGUGCACGUACAGUGAAGUGCCAACCAGCACGUUAAGCACACCUCAAGUGGAGAAUGGAUUUAUUUGACAAAAGUGUGUGUUAAUGACGAGUGUAUAGAGUACCAUCAAAUGGUUCUGGAAAACACCUGCAAUAGGCUUUUAAUUUAUUUUACUUCAAUAUAGCUUUUGAGAUACGUUGAACACCAUAUUAUGUUUUAUGCGAUAACACAACACAGUCCACAGCAUACGUUAGUUACAUUUGUUGUAUAUCAUAGGAAAGCAAACAAGUCAGCUCCUGGUAGCAUUUGAGUAGCUUUUGUAAUUUAUCAUGCUUAUGUAUGAUGUUGUUUUUUUCCGGGGCCUUUUUAUUGUGCUACAGAUGCAAAAAAUCUGAUCCCUCAACAGCAUUACUCUCAAGACUACCAUGAGUUAUGAACUAAAUGGAGAUCUCAGUGUCAUCAGUGUGUGCAGUAAUUUAAGUUCUAACUAUUGACUAUGCUGCAGAGUGACCAAAUAACUAAAAUGUCACAUCAAUGUGCUUUGUGUCCUCACUGUUAGAUGCAGAUUAUGAUCAGAUUUUGUUGUAAAUACGAGGACGAACUUACCUGCGCUAGCGGUUUCAGACCUUCUCCACUGUUGUUGCGUCUGAUCUGAGAUGUUUUUACACCGUCACUGUCAGUGCUUUUCACUUUACCUUACUGUUACAUUUUUACAUCAUGCAUUCCUUUCAGUAUGUGUUGACUCUGUACAGAUAUAUUUUCACAUAUAAGAAGUAUUUUUUGUAAGGAUAUUUACCAGUUGGAAGUGUGUACUAGUGAAGCAGUACGGUUAUUGAAAGACGUGUGUGCCUGAAUGCAAAGCAUUGCUAAAUGAGGAGGUGUUUUAUUGAAUUUAUUUUUCCUUUUCUCCAGCUCUGGAUUCAUUUUGUUUUCAAUCAGGAAAAUGUGAUCAAAUUUUCAUGAACUUGUUAUUGUUAAUUUUUUUAAUUAUUAUUAUUAUUUUCUGUUUUAUUAAAAUGCCAGCUCUUAACAGUU